GCCUUCUUCUGCUCUUGACGAGACGAUACAAGAACCGGACGCCUGUUUGUUAGUUCCAUACCACUCCUUUCUUGCUCUAUUCCCCCGUAAUCGCCUCGUAAUUCCAUGCCCGUAUCCGAUACCAAGCAGGACGAGUCUUUUCACGACUCGGGCUCUCAUGAGCCCGAUAGCAGGGAAAAAGACAAGGACAGGGAUCGUUCUGGCAAGGGAAAAUCGUCGGCCAAGACGAAAGACCUCUCCCAUGUACCCUGCAAAUUUUUCAGAGUCGGCUCUUGUACUGCAGGCUCUUCCUGCCCCUUCUCUCAUAACGUCCUCGAGCCGGGUCAGCAAAAAGAAGUAUGCGCCUGGUUUGUCAAGGGCAACUGCAAGUUUGGUCACAAGUGCGCCUUAGCACACAUUCUUCCCGGACAGAGCAUGUCUAUGGACAGGAAGAAUAAGAAAGCCGCUCAGGCUGCUGCGAAUGCUGCCGGAGGUGGUGGAUCGGGAGGAAACAGGGAUAGAGAGGGCCGUGGCGGAGGUCGUGGAGGCAAGAAUGCCCCCAGAGGUGAGCAAAGAGAUGGCUCCCGUAAUGCACUGUUGUCGGGAUCUACGGCACCUACGCGCACGCUCUCGUCCUCGAGGGGAUCUAUGCCUAUGCCCAUGAAGGCUACUCUUUCACCAUCUGCACCUGCACCUCCUGUAAAAGACACCGAUUUCGCGUCUUUUGGUCUACCGGACGAGGCGAAUAAGUUGUCCUCUCCACCUGCUCAGGGAAAACCUUUGGCCGAGGGAUCACCAGAAGGGAACUCUGAUGAGACAAGGGACGAGACAGAGACAGUGGCUGUGGCUGAGGAGUCGGAGCCUGGAAAGACUUCGCCAUCGCCUCUGCCUACCAGUGUUCCUUCCGCACGUCGCAGCGGCCUGUCUCAAACCGAUUCCCCAAGCGCAGUCGAUUUCGGACCCAUCGGUUCUCCACCACAAGCUUCUCCAGCUGGUAUAGCACGCGUCAACGGAUUCUCUCCUGGUACUUCUCCCCACCAUUUGUCCACGUCGCCUUUCAGUGCACCAGGUACCCAAACAUCUUUCCUCAUUCGUGAACAGCUAGACAUUAGCAAUGACCUCAAGACAAAAUCGGGUUUAUCGGCGUCUUUGGGUGCUAUGGUGUCUUGGGGCUCCGAUCUUAAGUCUUCACGGAGGAAUGGCUUGGGUAUCGGAGGAAGUUCGCUAUCCAACGACAUCGUUGUGGAGGAUGAAGACCUGGAGGAGUUCAUUCCCGGUUCACUAUCUGACCUACUUACACCAGAAGAGCGAUCGCGACGAUUCUCACGUACGAACUCAGGAAAUCGUCCGCACAUGGCCGUCGUCGACUCUACCAGAGACGCCAUUGGCCCAGGUCAUCAUCAUACCUCGAUCACGGGUGCUACACCAACCGAUAGUGCACAUCAUAGAUAUUCUCGUUCCGUGCCGGCACCUUCACUACUACAAGAUAUUCGCUCAAUCUGGACAGACACUAAUACCGCGAUACCAGGCUCGCCGGAUACCCUUGGGGCUGGGACCCCAAUCACUGGUGGUGGUUUGGGUAACGGUACGCCCAGUAGCUUCCAGUCCGGAUCUGGCUUUGGAAGCCGCCUUGACGAAAUGCUUGCCCCUACAAAUGCAUCUGCCGCUUUCUUGCCCGGACUUCACCAUUACAUCAAGAACAAGACUGCCGGAGGAUUAUCUGCUACGGGUGGAAUGUCUUCUCUAUACCCACAUGGGCCCACUGGUUCAGCAACAAUUACACCUUCUGGAGGAGCAUACAAUACUGCUGGUCUGAAUGGAAUGGCUCUUUCGCCACCUCGCGCAAAUCCCGCUCAUCGUUCCGCGUUCGGCGAAGCACCAGGAUCGUCCGAAACCUACCUCUCCGCCACCCGCCAUCUCUCCAACCUUGGUCGAACUGCUGUCGGACCGGACCCUCACCUUCCUCACCUCAAUCAUGACAGGCGAAACGCCCUCUCACCGUCCGCAUUGGCGCUACAGGCCCAUGCGCCUGGUCAGAGUCUCCCGCAAGGCCUGGCUGCCGGCUAUUCAAGAAUCCACGCGCUACCUCCACCCGUGAUAGCUUCUCCCAAUGGAUCGACGGCUGCCUUCAGUCCCGGGAGGUCAUUGACAACUGGUGCUGGAUUCUCACCUAGUAGGAAGGCAUUGGGACAUUCGUCUGGGUUGUCUGAGGAGUGGAGAAACAUGUCUUCUGGAACAGGUAUUAUUCCCGAGCAACAGCAACAGACUUCUGUCAAUGCCGGCGUCGCUUCGACAUCAGCUACGACAGGAUCGGGAUUAGGUGGCUUGGACUCAAUGUUCUCUCGUCUGUCCUACUCCGCCGCUGCAUCACGACCAAGCGCAGCGCCACCUGGUAUCGUUGCACGUAAUCCCAGUGGAAGAGGACACAACCCGCAAGGACCCUUGAGCCCCUUAAGCGGACCAGUACUUACUGGCGACGAUGACGACCUGUUCAUACGAAUGCUUGAAGUGUAUUCGAUGUAUUCUGUGGGACGGUCGUGUGUAAGUAAUAUGUUCGUCUUCUCUCACAUGGGUGCGGAAGAGGGAGGGAGACGAUUUGUCGAAAGUACUACCUAUAUAUACGCUGUUCUCUUACUAUAUUAGCUCUCACUUUUUUUGGUUACCACAUUCGUAGUGCGGUUGGCGAGCGAACGGACUCGUACAGUACUGAUACCUGGCCAUACGCGUUGAAGUUGCUUCGGGUGUUUCAUAAGUAAGAUGGCAUGUGCACGAGUCGCCAUGUCUCGCAAUAUUGUGGGGGCGAUGUGUUUAUAGCGCUAGAACGGUUGUUGGUUAAGAGCGCCAUGUGGAUCCCCAUGUCAAACAGGAAACUCGAGUAUGUUGGCGGCC